AUGGUAAGCUGUGUUUUCUUCGUGUCUACAUUUCAUCCAUAUUCUUUGAAUUGGCAACCACGAAACGCACCGCUUCUGCGCAGAGAAACGCUAACCCGGCGACCGACACCUGUUGUGGUGCAACGACGCGCGAACGGAGCUGCGCUGCCGAUUCGGACCGAAUGGAGCGGCUGGACGCGUCCUGAAAGCGGCGUGCGGCGUAUGCCUACGAACAUGCCCCGUGGACGCUCCAGGAAACCGUCAUUUAGCCCAACUGGAGGCGGCGCUACGACACUGGAACGGGAGGCUGUGCGGGAAAAGACAACGGCAACCAAGGGUGUGGACCCCGGCAAGAAGUACAAGCUACUGCUGUUUAAUGACGAGAAGAACACGAGGGAACGUGUCGUUGAGGUGCUCCUCAAGUGCAUUCCGGGUCUUUCCAAGCUGGAUGCACAGUCCAUUAUGCAAAAAGCACACACGACGGGCAUGGCACUCGUCGGUGUCUGGGUCUUCGAACUCGCGGAGGCGUACUGCGACCUGCUGCGCUCUGAAGGCCUUGUCUCAGAUAUAGAGCCAGCUGAGUAG